UAAACCCUGGAUGAUCAGUUUGAUGUACACCACUGUUACAGUUGAAUCUUCUGACCAUUAUCCAAAGCUGCACGAUGAAGUCAUUUCCAUACCCCAUUCUACUUCCUCUUCUGCUGUUGAUGUCGUGUGUGUGGGGAAAGUGCAUCUUUGAUGAGGUGCAAAGUUCAGUCCGGGUGCUGUCUUCUCCAGACAAUCAACCAAACCCAUCUGAUUGGUCCUUCAGAGAUGGUGAUGCCACUGAGCAAGAAGACUGGCUGACAAAUGCUCAGAUCCAGAAACAUCAAAAUGACAUAUUACAAUAUUCUCCAACCCAAAGGUUUAAAAGGGCAGUCCAGGACAGGAUUAAAGUCAUUGAUAAACCACAGCCAAUUAGGAUUAAGACAUGGACUCCUCGAGAGAGCCCUGUCCUCUCACUGUGGGAAACAGAGAGGCUGGAAGCAGCGGUCAGUCAUGCAAUCAGCACUGUGUCCAAAUUAAUUGCAGUACGGAGGGUCAGUAGGAAGCUGCUGCUGAACAGAGAUAUCAAUAAAUACUGCCGCUUUAUUUGGAGGAACAGCACCUCUGCCAAUUUUAACAGGUGUGGCAGAGCCAGUGCUAACUACCGGACUGAGAGCUGCCUGGGUGUGAUUAUCCCAGAUGACCACCUGAGUGGCUGUGUUGUUUAUCCCCAUCCUGACCAGCCAGACCUGAAGGUGAUCAAACCAGAUGGGGCGGGACUUCCAGACACAGAUGUCCUACUUUAUGUAAAAGCUCAAAACUCUGAUAAAUGCAGAGCUGAUUCUAGCCUGCUGGCCUAUUCAGCGCAUUGUCAGAGCGACUCAGAGGGGCGACCAGUGGCUGGUGUUAUGGUCAUCUGCAGGGAGCCACUCAGCAUGGAGGGAUUCAGUCAUGAACAUAUGUUGCAGACUGUGAUCCAUGAGUUGCUGCAUGUGCUGGGUUUCAGUAAAGAACUCUUCAGCAAGUGGACAGACCGUUCCCUCUCUUCCCAGAUGGACAAGGACUCCUCUCAUGGUCAGGUGAUUUACACUGAUGAGUCUGGACAGAUGAGGCUCUACACUCCUAACAUCAAUAAGGCUCUACAAACACACCUCAACAGCACACACACUGAACUGGGAGCUCCAUUAGAAAAUCAGGAUGCUGAUACUCGUGGUUUUUCUUCACAUUGGGAGGCUCGAGUUCUGCAGGGCUCCAUUAUGACAGCCAUGUUAGCAGAACCAACUCUGGUCCAGAUUGAUGUGAUCACUCUCUCAGCCUUCCAGGACACAGGCUGGUACUCAGUGAACCUCAGCCAAGCCCAGAACUUGCUUUGGGGAGAGAAUGAAGGAACUUUAUUCGGGUCUGUUUCCACCUGUAAUCGUUCCUCAUCCUUCUUCUGUACUGGCAGUGGAUUUGGUUGCCAUUAUCUUCACCUCCACAAGGGGGUGUGCCAGAGUGAUGAGUAUCUGGAGGGCUGUCGAAUUUACAAACCUUUAGCCAAUGGUAGUGAAUGUUGGAAAGAAGAGAAUGAAACAGGGAGUGGACCAGAGGUGUGGAGCGGAGAAAUUUUUCACUCAGACAGCCGCUGUUUUCUCUCAAACAUUAUCAGAAAGGAUCAUUUCUCCUUAAACACCUCUGUAUCAGGCCGUUGUUACAGGCACAGGUGCACUGGAAGUAAUAGGUACCAGAUCCAGGUGGUGGGCUCUGAUUGGCUGGACUGCCCACCUGGGAGGAGCAUUAAGGUGUUUGGAUAUCGGGGUGCAGUUUUCUGUCCUGACAAACGAUUAUGUCAUUACCAUGGUAUAGUCCCUCCCACUUCACUGUACAAGCCCUUCCCACUGCUUCUUACUGCAGUCCCAUCCAGGGAUCAAUCUCUGACACAAAGACCCAUAACUGACCUGAGGUUUGAGGCUCUUUCCUUUUCAGAGAUGGGAGUAAAGACAGUGGUGGGUGUCAGUGCUGUGCUCUUUUUCUUGGGCUCUUUCAUGACAAUCUACAGAAAGUGCUGCCCAUCCAGGCUCCGAGUGCAUGCCCUCGAACAUUCACCUUAUGCACUGCAGGUGUAGCCCAAUG